ACGUUACAUGCGUUUAGAAUCACCACUAGAGGGCAGCAGUGCGCCACUUUACUCGUUGCGACGAGGCCAUCGCUUUUAAAGUACAUUGUAGUAAACCUAGUAAACCUCGUUUUUGUUUUGUAUGUUUUUGUGUUUACAUUGUACAUUUCGCUUCCAUUCGGCUUGUUCUAGAUGUGCUUGCUUGAGAAAAACUGCUGUAAACCCGCUAAAAGUGAGAGGAACGGGGGUUAGGGAUCGUCUUUAGUUCGGUGGUCGCGGUGUGGAGGAGGAGUGUAGCUGUAGUGGUCCAGACUUGGUGACACGACAGUGUUGUUGCGGUGGCCGGCAGACAAAGCUUCUCAGGUGAUGCGUUCUGUCCGUAAGUCAGAACUACAUCACCUUUUGACUAAUAUCGAAAUGAGGAGUUGGACGCGAAGUGUCUCGGAAAUGUUCCUGGUGUUAUGUAUUGCUGUCAGCCUUUUUACACCACAUUUGUGGGCCCAGAGCAGUGGGCAGAGUGUGUUAGUGGAGGCGAGGAACAUCACAGUUCAGGCAGGCUCCAAGGCUAUUUUGCCGUGCCAGAACCAACGCAUAGUGUGGAGGCAGGACCACCUGCGUGACCGGCAGCGUGUGGUGCACUGGGACCUGAACCGGAACCGACCCGACUACACAACGGAGCGCAUCCUGGACAUGUACUCGGGAGGGACAGAGCGGGUCUACAAUGCCUACAAUAAGGGCCGUGUCACUCUCUCUAAAGAUGCCUUCACUGUUGGCAACUUCUCCCUCAUCAUCCACAAUGUGGACGUGAAUGAUAAAGGUGUAUACACUUGCAAUCUGCACCAUCACUACUGCAAAAUUCACCAGUCGAUUCAAAUCCAGCUGAACGUCACCAAGUCAUCCCGUAAGGAGAGACGCGUGUGGGACGGGGAGAAGUCGGUGUUUGUGGUGCUCGUGGGGAGCAGCGUGGUGCUGCCCUGUGUGAACCGCCGCCCCUUGUGGAGGGCGGAGCUUCAGGGGGAGGACCAGCAGCAAGUCGUCCACUGGGACUUCCAGGCCCCCGGGGUGUCCCGUGACCAAGCUGACCGCCUCAUCGACCUGUAUGCCUCCGGUGAGAAGCGCGAGUACGGGCCCCUCUUCCUCCCCAGCAAGAUGAAUGUCUCGGCCGCUGCCUUCUCCGUGGGGGACUUCUCCCUCACCGUUGCCGACAUGCAGCCCUCCAACAAGGGCCUAUACUCCUGCCACCUGCACCACCAAUACUGUGGCCUGCGUGAGAGACGUGUCUUCAGGGUGAUCGUGGAACCGGCCGUGCCGGCCCCUCCGCCUGCCACCCCCAUGACUGAGGCCCCACCCGCUGAUCCUGGACCCUCACAAUGGCCAGAACACUUGGGCGAUGAGCUUGGCACAAAUAUGGUUGAGUCUCCACACGUGUUGAACGUGAUUCUGCCGGAAAGCCGCACUCACCUCCUACACCGAGUGGGCUACAUUCUGGCCAUCUGCCUGAUGCUAUUGCUCAUGUUUAUAGGAAUCCUCGUGACCACAAGGCAGUGUAAAAACAAAGCGCUUGAUUAUGACCUUCGUAAAUCGGCCCGGAGUCAGGUGACAGAAUUUGAAUCGCAAGCCACUGAAUCCAACAAUCCCAACAAUCCCUGUAGCCAGUCAGAGCUCAGGCUCGACUACAAAAACAACAUAACGAAAGAGAGGGUUGACAUGAACAAUUAUCCUGCCCCAAAAGUUGUAGAUCUCAACCAAGAAAUGGAGAAACUGGCACGUAAGUGAGCCAGGGAAGGGAGCUGCUGGCCGGCCCAGGGCAUGCACUGUGGGAUUCAGAAAGACUGCAGAUGUCCACAUGGUAUAUUUACUGCAUAUUCAGAAAGGAAGAUAAGUGGUUGUCAUAUACCACGUUUUUUUUUUUGUUUUUUUUUUUUUUUGUAGUAGUAGUAGUACGUCUUUUUUUAUGUAAUGAAACAUAUUGGUCAAUGCAAAACAUUUUCUGGGGUUGUUUAGUCUUUGAAAUAAACUUGUUGUGUAGUAGUCUUUGAAGGUCAGUAGUUAUAUGUGUUUUCUAUCAGCAUUGUUGUGUACUGAAAUUUGGAUUUGGAUCUUGGUUUGUUAAAUUGAUUAUUUGUGUAUAUUUUUUUGAUUUUGAAGAAAACACUGUUAAAUGGCGGUUUAACCACUUGAAGCCCCGCUAACAUGAGCUCACCUGACUGUACUUUCUAGUUGAGAUUUAUGGAAUUGACUGAAUGCAUUUACUCAAACUGAACUCUGGUUAAAUAAAACCUCAGGAAAUGUGGUUCCAGGGCUUUGAACUUAAACAACCUGCAGUGAUUAUGUACUUUUAUAAAUGGUAUGAACUACUCAUAUAUCAUCUUAGCAUAUGUACAUAAACAGUUUGUGUAUUUCUUUGGCUGAUUCUUUGCCGGGCCUUUUGUUGGUUUAUCUUUAAUCUUAUUUUUGUAUUUUACAAACAGAACCAUGGCAUUUAUCUGUCCUGUCACCUGAACUAGUCAUACUGAGAACUGCGUAGCACUUCAGCUGUAACAGACCAGCUAUUUCUCUAGUAUUGGUCAAUAAUCCUUCAAACACAGCAUUUUUGCUCUCAAGCAUUUUAUCAUUAAAUAUAGAAACAUAUGUGUUACAUAAACUGGACAGAGUCUGGUAGUGUAUAGUGUGUGUGCUUUGCAUUUAUUUGAUGUUAUGAGUCUGUUUUCUAAAAAUGAUGAUCUCAUAAAAUACUGAUAUUUCUGCUGACCCUAAAUGAACAUGAAGUUGAUGUAAUGUGAUGAUUUUUGUUGACAUUGAUUUUUUACACUGCAGUGCCUUUAAAAAAGCUUUAUAUGUUUGACUGAUCAUACUGGUUUUGUACUGACGUACAAAAGUGGACAAACUUAUUCAAAUGUAAUAAACUAUAUUUUAUAGUCAUGCAAUAAACUAUAUUUUAAAGUAA